UAGAUGACGGUCAUGACUUCAUACUUGCUGACGAUAUAUAUACCUUGACAUAAGUGGUGGGAGGUCAGUCUGCCAGCGGCUUCCGUGGAGGAAGGAUCGGUCGUAAAUUUUUAUUUAUUUUUGACCUCGCCAUGUUUGAACCGAGGACUUCGAGCGGUAUGAUGUGGUCUUCUGGGGAGAGUGACAAAGAAGGUUUAAAUAGUCGAAACUACAUAACAGUAGUGCCAAGGGUGCAGAACGAGACAGUUUUUUCGAUAAACAGCACAACGUACACAGUGAAGAAACGCCACCCUCUGGACAUGAGCCUCAACACGUUCAUCAGAGACGUGGCCAACCUGAAAGGCACCAAGUUCAUGUGCGAGGAGGGAGGGUGUGGCUGCUGCGUGGUCACAGCUUCAGCCAGCAACCCCGCCACCGGGGAGGUCCGGGUGUUUGCCGUCAACUCGUGCCUGACCUUGGUCCGUUCCUGUCAUGGCUGGAGCGUCACCACGGUUGAAGGACUGGGCAGCAAGCAGAAGGGAUACCACCCCAUACAGGCGACACUAGCGCAGUUCAACGGCACCCAGUGCGGCUACUGUUCUCCCGGAAUGGUCAUGAACAUGUACAGCCUGCACACCGCCAAAAAGAACAUCACCAUGCAAGAAGUAGAGGACUCUUUUGGAGGCAACAUCUGCCGCUGCACGGGCUACCGACCAAUACUCGACGCCUUUAAGUCCCUGUGUGUGGAUGCCCCGCAACAACUGAGGGACGUCUGCCCAGACAUCGAGGACACAGCCAGAGCGCAGUGUCGCGGGCGCCGGGGCAGGGAGUGCACCGCCGAGAUGCCGGCGCACGUGGGCCGCGCUGGCGCGAGCUGGUACCGCGUGAGCAGCGUGGACGACAUCUUCCACGUGUUCCGCCUCGCCGGGGACCUGGCGUGCCAGCUGGUCGCCGGACACACGGCCAGAGGAGUCUACCCCGACCAAGCAGAGCCCCAGGUCUACAUUGACGUCAGACCGGUGGCAGAGCUGCAUGCCGUCAGGGUCGCCGAUGAUUGUGUGACCUUCGGUGCGAACAUCACCUUGACGGAGUUCCUGGAGUACUUGCGAGACAACUGCGCGAUGAAGGGAUACUCGUACUUCGCGCCAAUGGCGGAACACAUCAGCCUGGUCGCCAACGUGCCAGUGCGAAACAUGGCAAGUGUUGCAGGCAACCUGAUUAUAAAGCAUCAGCACAAUGAGUUCUACUCCGAUUUAUUUUUGCUUCUGGAAACGGUUGGGGCAAUUUUAGUCAUACGAGACAUCAGUGGAAGAGUCAUAAAUGUUGGACCCGAAGAAUUAUUAAAACUGGACAUGACUCGAAAAGUUAUAGUUCACUUUAUUCUGUGUCCACUUGAAAAUUAUACUUUAAAAUCGUAUAAGAUCAUGCCUCGCGCCCAGAAUGUGCACGCGAUAGUCAACGCGGGGUUCCUGAUGAAGCUCGGGUGUGACGGCAGCCAGCAGCUCCUGGACAAGCCGAGGAUUGUCUACGGCGGGAUUUCGCCCAAAUUCGUCCACGCUUCUUCGACUGAGGAGUACCUGAGGAACAAGGACCUGAGCCAGCAGAAAACUGUGUCGCGUGCCGUCAGCAGCUUGGGCGCUGAACUGCAGCCUGAGGACAAUCCCCCAGAAAUGGGGCCGGCGUUCAGGAAGGGCCUGGCGCAGAGUCUGUUCUACAAGUGCGUGCUGAGCCUUGUAGGGGACAAGGCCAGGAAGGAGUUCAGAAGCGGAGGGCAGGUCCUGAAGCGCAGCCUCUCCUCCGGGAAACAGCAAUACCAGACCACGCCGUCCGACUACCCGGUGGGGAAGCCAAUCAGCAAGCUGGAAGCUCUGCCGCAGUGUUCUGGAGAGGCAGAGUACGUAAACGAUCGACACGCUUUGCCUGGUGAGCUGCAUGCGGCCUUUGUUCUGACUUCCGUCCCUAACGGAAGCAUUGUCAGUAUUAGUACGACAGAAGCCCUGAAAGUUUCUGAUGUAGUGGCCUUUUAUAGCGCAAAAGACAUCCCAGGCCGAAACAACGCAAUACCAAAUCCCACACUUAUCACCUUUGAGAACGAAGAGUUGUUCUGCAGUGGCGCCGUGCUGUACCACGGGCAACCAGUAGGAGUGAUAGUGGCCAAGACCCGCCGGGCAGCCAUCAGGGCCAAAGAGCUGGUGAAGAUUGACUACAAGGACGUCACAAAGCCCAUCAUCCAUGUGAGAGAGGCUCUACCUCAGCAGGACCAGCGCGUGGGGACUGCAUCCACCUCGACACCAAUCACCGGAGCGACUCAUGUGGUGGAGGGGAAAUUCGAUAUGGGAUCCCAGUACCAUUACCACAUGGAGACACAGACAUGCUGUGUUGUUCCGACAGAAAAUGGACUCGAAGUGUACCCGUCCACUCAGUGGCAUAGUCUUUGCCAGGUGGCCAUAGCACAGAUCCUUGACAUCGAGGAGAACAGCAUCUCAGUGCGCGUGCGUCGCCUGGGCGGGGCCUUCGGCGGCAAGCUGACCCGCGCCAACUUCGUGGCCGCGGCCUGCGCGCUAGCAGCGCACCUCCUGCGCCGGCCGGUCAGGAUGGCCAUGGCCAUGAGCGACAACAUGGCCGCCUUCGGCAAGAGGGACGAGGUCGCCGUCGACUACAAGGUUGGAGUCGAUGACAAUGGUAAAAUUCUCUACUUAGAAUCUUACCUGUAUGACAAUUUGGGAAGUUCUGAAAAUGAAAACCCCAUAUUUUUAAUGGUACCUGGAUUUAAAAACUGCUACGAUAGCGACGACUGGUCUGUGAUCGCCCAAAAAGCAAAAACCAACACACCAUCGAGCAUUUUCACAAGAUCACCAGGCUCAUUUAACGGCACAGCGUCCAUCGAGACCAUCAUGGAACACAUUGCCAAGGAAACCAGCACCGACCCCGUGCAGGUCAGGCUAAACAACCUCAAGAGUGGCGAACCCACAGCGACGUUUAUCGAAGCCAUUAAACAAUCGUCGGACUAUGCAGACAGAAAACUACAGAUUGAUAGCUUUAACAAGGAAAACCGGUGGAUGAAGAAGGGCAUAUCUUUGGUUCCAAUGAGAUGGAAUGUAGUUUUCGGUGGAAGCAUGCAUUGCCUCGUGUCCAUCUACGCAGGCGAUGGGUCGGUGGACGUCUCUCAUGGUGGCAUCGAGUGUGGACAAGGAAUCAACACCAAGGUGGCGCAAGUGGUCAGCUACACCCUCGGCAUCCCACUAGGCCUUGUCGCAGUGAAGCCCACGAACAGCCUGACCGCCGCCAACGACUUCACGACCGGAGGGAGCGUCGCCAGCGACUCUGUUUGCUUCGCUGCGAUAGAGUGCUGCAAGGAACUGCGGAGGCGGCUGCAACCCACGGCACAGAGCAUGCAGGACCCAGCCUGGACGGCGCUGGUGUCCAAGGCCGCCCAAGAUGGCGUCGACCUAGUGGCCAGCCAGAUGUUCUCAGUGAAUGAAGGAUCGCCGUAUUAUGUGUACGGUGCGUGCGUUCUAGAGAUCGAGCUUGAUGUACUGACUGGUCGCUUUCAGAUAGCCAGAGCAGACAUUUUGGAAGAUGCAGGGAAGAGCAUCAGCCCCAAUGUUGACAUAGGACAGAUAGAGGGCGCAUUCGUGAUGGGACUUGGCUUGUGCACAUCAGAGGAGAUAGAGUACGACGAGGACACCGGCCGUCUGCUGACCAACCGCAGCUGGAACUACUGGCCUCCUGGAGCCAAAGACAUCCCGGUAGACUUCAGAGUGGAGAUGCAGAAGAAUAUGCCCAAUCCUGUAGGAGUUCUGCGCUCUAAAACUACCGGUGAGCCUGCUGUUUGCCUGUCCACCGCCCUAAUCUUCGCCUUGAGGAAUGCCAUAGAGUCGGCACGCAGAGACUCUGGUGGUGACGGUGGCUGGUUUGGCUUACGUAUACCUCUAACUACAGAGAGAAUAUGGGAUUACUGUCUAAACAAUACAAGCCAAUUCCGUAUACAAUAAUGAUGUCCAACCACCUCUCUGUUCGAAUGAUUGACCUACGAAAUUUCAAGAAGAAUUUGGUCUGUGGUGUAAAAAUACAAUGUGAAACCAUUUGUUUUAAUAUACAUGUCAUGUAACUAGGUAUUGAACGUAUUUAUUGUACAAUUUGAGAAGUAUGAUUAUAUAGUAGGUACCUUACAAAUAAAAUAAAAAUAUUAACCACUGAUUAAAAAUUUCUUCUUGGCGAAAAGUGGAAUAACUUUUUUUAAUGUAGCAACCAAGCAUAAUUCUGUAAAAGAAACUUUGUCAAUGAUAUUCAUCGUAAAACAAACAAUACAAUGUCACAGGCAUAAAACCAAAUACAUGCAAUUAAUAAACAUUUUAUUCAUUUAA